GAGAGCAGACAGAAAAUUAUUCAAAUAAUUUCUCUGAUAUUUAUUCAACUCUCAGUCUCGAUUUGUCUCCCAACCGGUAAGCACGGACUUUUUUUGAGUGACCAACAAACCAAAGAACCUUUUAUCCCACAAUCAUGUUGCUGCCAUACUGGAUGCUCGCAAUCUUUAACACAACAAUGUUUCGCGACAUGAGUUACAGUGUUGGACUCAGAAUAUCAAAACCAAAUGAAGUUGAAGCAAGUCCAAUGUAUCAAGGCUGUGGUGACACUAAAAUAUGUAUUGGAUAUCCAUCUGGAUGUGUGAAGAAGAAUUCAUGCAAGGCAUUUGCUGCUUCGUAUCAGAAGGACGGAAAAUAUCUCUUCGAAAUGCACUCAGCACCAAAUGCAGCAUACAUCGCAACAGCCCUCUCAUUUGAUCGUAAAAUGGGCGACGAUUCAGCAAUGGAAUGUGUCAAAGAAGGAAGUGAUGUGAAAGUUUACUCAUCAUACACAAUUCGUCAGAGUGGCACAUAUGAUGCAAUUCGUUAUGGAAUCCCACAGGACAUUAUCAGACUACAAUCAGGCAAAAGUGAUGAAAAUGGAAUUUCAUGUGUGAUUGAACGUGAUGAGUCGUCUGUGGUUGAUGGCAAAACAUUUGAUUUAAAAAGUGGAAGAUUUUAUUUAUUGAUGGCAACAGGAAGUAAAGUUAAGACAGAUAGAGUUCAGAUUCAUAAUUUGGGACAUGCGAUAUCGCAGAAGACAUUAAAUGCUUAUGUUUAGGGAUGGAAGUGGGUGAUGUAGUAUGAGCAAUGCUGGGGUGUAAUUUUUUGGAGGUUUGACUUAAUAGUCUGUUACAUUUCUAAAUCCACCCCAUGUCUAGGAUAUUAGAUUAUUAAAUUUUGAACCAAAUGUCACCUUAGUCUCUAAAUUAUGCUCAAUAUUUGCUUUAAAAUUCAAAAAAAAAAAAUAGAUGUGAUUUAUGAAAAUUUAUUUAAUAAUUCUGUGAAUUAUCAAAUUGUCAGGGCCAUAAGCCAUCUUAAGACAUUGUUAAGUAUGAAAAGCUGU